AUGGCAACCUCUGCGUUUAAAUCCACGACAAAGAGAACACCAAUCGGAAACGACAAGUCAUCUGCCUCUGCUCACCGGCGGUCUCGGAGUCUCAGCCGGUUCUCCCGGCCGAUUCCUUCCGACGACUUCUCCUAUGAUGCUCCCGCGCCGUCGAGAGGGAGGUUCGUGAACAUGGAGAGAGGAUCGGGAGUUCCGGAUAUAAGUCUCGACGAUCUCGCUAUUCAGUUGUUCGGUUCAGGUGAUCGAGGGCGGUCGGGUUUUAGAAGUGGUGACGUCAGUGAUGGGGAGAGAGUUGUGGGUGGGUCCCAGAGGAGAGGGAGGUCUGUGUCGAGGCAAGGCAGUGAAAUCAAUAAUAACAGUAAGAGUUACAGUGGUGGUAGUGGGAAGGUGAAUUCGGAUGGUAAUAAUUCGAGGAGGAAACGGUCUGUUUCUGUGGUUAGGGAUCAUUUUGGUAAAAGAAAGAGUGAUCUAGAUCAUUCUCAGAAUUCAAGAAAUCAUGGUAAUUCGAGGCGUCUAAGUAAUGGAAACAGCCAGGCCCCUUUAUCAAGUAAGACAUUAGCUUCAAAUCAUAGACCUGGACUGAGAAGGUCUCUUAGCCAGAAAGAUUUGAAGUAUCACGACGGCUACUCUAGCCAUUCGUCUAGCCUAACUGAUGAUGAAGGAAGGGAUACUUGUUCCAAUAAAAAUGGGUUCGAGGGAACAAUACGAACAGUUUAUGCACAGAAGAAGGCAGAGCAUCCCACUGGCGAUGACUUGAAUAGCGGGCUGUAUGAAGCAAUGAGAAAAGAACUUAGGCAUGCAAUAGAAGAGAUCAGGAUGGAACUUGAACAGUCUAUGGGGAAAACAAACACAGACUGCUCACAAUCUGGAAAAUCUGAUGUUUUUCAGGCUGGUUCUACUAUCAGAAGGAAUCAUGCAACAAAAUUGGAACAUUCUGAGAAGCGUAAACAAGACUUAUUAGCAAAACUUCUGUUGGAGGAGCAGCAUGGUAGAGAUAUCUCGAAGAUUGUAAAAGAAUUGCUUUCUGAUCCAAAGAACACUGUUGUUGAAAAGCCAUUGCGAGCCAGAAAGAGGAGUAAUGACAGAAGUAGGAUGUCUAAACGGUUGACUGAAGAGGCAGAGAAAUACUUUGAGGACUUCAUUUUGAAUGUUGAAGAUACAGAUAUUUCAUCUUUGGAUGGGGAAAGGAGUGAUACUAGUUCAACUUUAGGAGGAAUAACAAAGACAGAAACUUUUCAAAGCCCCGUGAUAUCCAAGCCUUAUCCUGUAGAAAUGGAUGGGGUUGUGCUGCCCUGGUUACAAUGGGAAACUUCUAAUGAUGCUUCUUCUCUGGCGUUAAAAAAUAAGGAGCUAACUUCGACUCCAAAAAACAAUUUAUGGGAUGCAGCUCAGGAAGCAACCCCUUCUCAAGUUUUAGGCAUGCCCUCCAUCAGUAGUCAUGGAAGCUGGAGCCCAGGACUUACAGAUGGUCAUUCAACAAAUAUUAGUGAACUUAAAGGGAGGAAAUUUGGAGAAGUUGAAAGCUACAAAAGCCGAAUUUCAUUUGGGGGAACAAGGUCACAGUUUGAUGUUGAUGAAUAUCUUAAGCGUCCAAGUGAUGAAGAUUUUCUCUUAGAAAGAUGGAAGCAACAACAGAGAAUUCAUUCAGCUCUCGCUUAA